GUGUAAUGAUCGAGUCGCACGAAGCACAGCAUCACAACAUAUGCGGGGCAGUCCGUUCCCAAUUUAGCCAAGAAAUCUCCGUAUAUUAGAGUUGUCUUGUGGGACCGUAUUGUUAGCCUUCAAAUAUGGAUGGUGUGCGUAUUGUAGCCCGAGUAAUUUAAUGUAUUUUGAGUUCCCGCCUGACUCGAGCCUCACAGCAAUGGAGGAUGCGAUCGGACUUUCAUGUAUUUUCCGCAACAUGCAACAGAAUCCGAAGAGAGCUGGAUGUAGAAAUCAAACCCGGCGGUCAAGCCAGUAUCUAAGAAACUUUCUCAACUCAAUUACAAAGCCAGAAACACUUCCUAAGACUUCCAGUCAAUACCUCAUAUCUUUCAAGAUGCAGUUCUCUACCCUCUUCGUUGCCGCUGUUGCCCUUGUUCUUCCGGCCGCUGUCAGCGCUGGCUACUGCCAAGGCACUACCUGCAUCGACAGCAUUAAGAACUUCGAGUGCCCCAAGCAGUGCCCCAAGGAUGGCACUUGCGUGCUCAACAAGGCUUGCUAA